AUGGCCGUCAUCUCGCCGUUGGGAUUUUGUACACCAUUAUCACCGUCUCGCCAUUUCUGGACAUAUUUCACCGUCGUCAUAGCCGCCGCCAUUCUGGCAAGCGGUGUGCGUGCCGACUGCUACUGGCCCGACGGGACCGAGAACGACGAGCAUCAACCUUGCUACUCGCCCAAUGGUGGCGCCAUCGGACUCUGCUGCGGCACGGGCGAUGUUUGUUUGUCGAACGGCGUGUGCAUGAGUCGCUCGUCCGCGGGUGGCUCGACUGAUAUGAUUGACAGCGCGUACGCAAGCAACCUGGACACCAGUGUCUACUACCGCGGCAGCUGCACGUUCAAGGACUGGAGCCAGGACAAGAACUGCCCGACGGUGUGCAUCAAGGGCUCCGGAAUCUCGCCGCACACGGACGUGGGCAUCAUCCCGUGCCCUGGGUCUAACACAGACUGGUACUGCGCUGAUGGCAACAUGCACAAGGCCAACUGUUCCACGGGUGCUUUUAUUGUUUCGCUGCCGAGACCUGUUUCGUUUACCACAAUUGGCAUCUCGCCGUCCAAAACUGCUCAUACUGUAGCACCUACCUCAGCAUCCACCUCGACGGCAACCUCGAUGACAUCCUCUCCAAGUGGCGGGAAUGCAACCACCGGGCUUGUUACCGCACCUGGAACCACUGCACCUACAGGUUUCUCAAGCGGUGUGUCUGGACCGUCUGUGGCGUCGACAACAUCGGGCAAUCCAUUGUCGACGAUGGAUCCUCCGCCCACAUCCUCACCUUCGUCAAACUCUGGCUCGAACGUCCCUCUGGCCGUGGGCGUCACCAUCGGAGGUGCUUCUAUUAUUGCUGCCGCCGUCAUAGGGUACUUUCUCUGGCGCCGCCGGAAACGGGACGAACCGGCCCCGGCCGAGUCGCCGCCACCGCGUGAUGUGCCCGACGACGUUAUCCUGAAUUCGGUGCUGGAGGGGUCCAUGUUUCGAUCUGGAAGCCUUCUCAGUCGACGUCCGAGCAAAACACUACUGAGCAACAUGGGUGCUGGCGACGGCGGUCCAGCCGCACCGAUGCCGGACACUAGAUCUGUACUAAGUGGCCCGUGUGCCGAAAGUCUCCGUUCAGGGAGCAUGCUGAGCUCAUUCCAGCAGUACCAGCAAAGCCAACAGCAACAGCAACAGCAACAGCAGCAGCCGCUCUUCCAGCAACAGCCACAGGCGCCGCUUCAUCUGCACCAACCGCACCCCCAGCGACACUACAGCUAUGCACAAGCCCGCUUUAGCUCAGACGCAGUGGCCAUGCACGACCUGCGACGGACACCGCCGGUUGCUUGGGGCCACCAAGGCAGUGGCCCGAGCGUGACGAGCGAGCCCAUCCCCGAGAUUCCGUAUGAUGACCGGCGCAUGGCUGCAUACCACGGUGUGCCCACCAUGGAGCACAACAAUUACUCGGAGCUGCCUGGGUAA